AUGCACUUCUCUAAGACCCUCAUCACCGCGGCCACCUUCGCCAUGACUGCCUACGCCGGCCUCCCCGUCGCCAGCAUCGAGUUCCUGUCCUGGGAGCAGUGCAACGUCGGCCACUCCGCCCACGGCGAGGCCAAAUUCUCCGCCGAUGUGGCCGCCAAUCCUUUAACUUGCGAAAAGACCACCAUCAACUCCGACUGGAGCAUUGACAGCUACUCCUUCCGCGCCCGCCUCGACACCAAGGACGCUGCCCUCUGCCACGGUGUCGCCGUCUGGAACAAUGACGACUGCACUGGCAAGCCCGUGCACUUCCAGCCCUUCCACCACGGCCCCUUGACUGAGGGCCGAUGUAUUCCCGAUAUCCUCGAACCUGGAUUCGUCUCCUUCAAGCUUGCGUGCCCCGGUUUCCCCGGACAUUAG